AUUCUAUGCUGUCAUAGCUAUGCCGCAUUCUUUCGACCUUUAAUUUAUCAACACAUCGUGGUGACUGACCAACGAGUGCAACAUUCAUCAUAUGCUCCUGACCCGGAAUACGAGACUCGUCUUCGCUCCCUAGUGGCCACCGUCAUGUCUCGACCGUCGUUCUUUGGCCCUCUCAUCAAGUCUCUACAUAUCGAUCAAAGUUGUUUGUGCUGGAUGAAGCUCACUCCCUUCUUCCAAGUCAUGACGAACCUCCGUUGCUUGCGCCUGGAAUCAAGAUACCGACUGGACAUUUCUAAUUUAUCGACUACGGCAUUCUCCUCGGUCCCGCCUUCUGCAUCUCUAGUUGAUUUCGAAACCACCUACACAUUUUCAGCACGGGAAGUCUUCACGUUUCUACGCUCGCAUCCGAAGCUUUCCUCGCUACGCCUGGGCGUUGUAACCUGUACCGACAGCGACGAUGAUGAGCCCCAGUCUUCGCUAAUAUCUAUGACGCCACCACCUCUUCUUAGAGUCCUCGAACUGAAUAUCCAGGACUACGGACUCAGCUUUGCUACUAAAGUAUUGAGACUGUCAGGAAGUCAUCUCGACGACCUAUCGAUCCAGUAUUCCAAUCACGAUAUGGGCGAGCUCGAGUCCCAUCCUUCUGUUCUCGCUCACUUCGACGCUCUCAGUGCCUGCUAUGACACCCUCACCCAGCUCUCGAUCGAAAACACGCCGCACAAAUGUGAUCAGCCCUUCUCGUGGAUCAUCGCCAACAUCCUGCCCCGGACAUCUAACCUCCGUGUUCUCGAGCUUCGCCAACCUUUCUCAAUCGACCGUUUCGGUUCUAACAACGUAGAACAAGUCAUUUGUAUCGAAUCCUUCCUGCCCCUGAUCUCGAACUUCCCGAAGACAUUGGAGACGCUGAAGUGGAUCGGUGGAGACGCAUGUUCUCCUUCAAUGGGAAGCGGUCUUUCCGUUCUCGGAGCGUCGAAUGCUAAAGCGCUAUUCAAGCUUUUCCCGUCAUUGAAGGUGGUGGAGUACAACGAGAGGGGUUAUAUUUUUAUCUUUAGGAGGUUGGCGGAUGGCGUGAUCAAGCGGCGAACCAUGAGGGGCGUCGAGCGAAGGAUAUGA